AUGUUAUUGCAGAGAGCACAGAUAGAUAGGGCUAUACAUGGAUGUAGGGUGGCCAGAGGGGCACCACCGGUCUCACACUUGUUUUUUGCAGAUGACAGUCUGUUGUUUUUCAAAGCGAAUAUUCAGGAAGCAGCUGUUAUUAAGCAGUGCCUAAUUAGAUAUGAGAAAUUGUCUGGCCAAAUGGUGAACUUUAAUAAAUCAAGUAUUUGUUUUAGCAGAAAUACCCAGAUGGCGCAGAGAGAGCAGGUGGCGUGGUGUUUGGGAGUGGAACUGGCAUCCAAUUUUGGAAAAUAUCUUGGGCUUCCUUCCUUUAUAGGAAGAAAUAAAAGGGCUGUAUUUGCAUAUAUAGAAGAUAAAAUCAGGCAGAGAAUUGGAUCAUGGAACAAAAAAUUGCUCUCACAGGCUGGGAAGGAGGUGCUCUUAAAAAGUGUGGCUCAGUCUAUCCCUACUUUUUCUAUGAGUGUUUUUUUGUUGCCUGAAUCAGUGUGUUUGUCUAUACAGCGUAUUAUGAACAAAUAUUGGUGGGGGACAGGUACAGAUCGUGGAAUACAUUGGAAAGCUUGGGAUAAAUUAUGUAUCCCUAAAAAAUAUGGAGGGUUAGGAUUUAAGGACCUUCGUGCAUUUAAUCUGGCCAUGCUAGGAAAACAGGCAUGGAGAUUUCUUACGGAACCCACCACUUUGGUAGCAAGGAUUUAUAAGGCUCGAUACUAUCCUACGACCACUUUUGUUGAUGCUACCAUAGGGAAUAACCCAAGUCACUGCUGGCGUAGUAUUAUGGCCACCCAUGAUCUAGUCUGCGCCGGGGUGCGCAGAAGGAUUGGAAACGGUAGGGAUACAUUGAUAUGGGGACAUCCUUGGUUAUCUGAUGAUCCUAGCCCUUUGGUUCAAACACACAUGCCUGCGGAGUUACGAGGGGCAUUAGUGAGUGGCCUGAUAGAUCAAGAUACAGGUACCUGGGAUCCACAUAUUCUUAAUGAUUUAUUUAUUCCUGAGGAUGUGACCCGAAUCUCAAGAAUACCGGUAAGCCCAGAUUAUGAUGACACAUGGUAUUGGAUGGGGGACACACAAGGAGUAUACACGGUCAAGAAUGCCUAUAGGCGAAUUAUGGGAGAUUAUUCUGACAACCCAGGGACUUUUGAUAAAUGGGUUACAUUGUGGAAAUUACGAGUACCACCCAAAUGGAAAAUCUUUCUAUGGAGGGCUGUGUCUGGCAUACUACCCACCACUGAUAAUUUAAUUAUUAAACGAGUGGAGGUGGAUCCUAUAUGCCUCAUGUGUGGCACUACACAUGAGAAUAUUAUGCAUGCACUGAUUCUAUGUGAUUACUCUAAAAUGGUUUGGAAUAUUUCGGGAUUACCUGUCACGAAUAUUCUGACUAAUCAUUUCCAAUCAUGGUUCAUAGGCGUGCUGGACUCGUUGACGGAAGGGCAGGUACGGCUGGCUGUUGAGAUUCUAUAUUAUUUGUGGCUAGCAAGGAACUCGGCAUUAUGGGAAAGAAGCUUUCCACGGCCCACAUCCACGGUGAGGAGGGCGGUGAUGGCCGAGGAAGCCUUCACCAGGCUGGGACGUGCGAGUUACCAGCCUCAUGCCACCGUGUUGCCGGAGAGCGACCCACACGACCGGCCCAGGUGUUACUUCGACGCGGGCUACAGACAAUACACGGGAGAAGCGACAUACGGAGUUGUGCUACUCAAUCACGAAGGAGUGUUUAUGGCGGCCACGGCAGGAACGUUACCGAGUGCUUUUUCACCUAUUAUGGCAGAAGCUCUAGCCUGCAAGGAAGCUCUAUCAUGGCUUAAGGGCCGCGAUACACAGAUGGUUGAUCUACUCACAGAUUGUAUGGAGUUGCGAAACAUGGUAACAUCAAGAGGUACCGGAACUCGAUCUUAUGUUGGGGUCAUUGUGGACCAGUGCAGGACAACUAUGUCAUUAUUUACUUCUUGUUCUUUACAUUAUAUUUCCAGAGCUGUUAAUAUGCAUGCUCAUACACUAGCUUCGUUAGCUUUCGAUCAGGACCAUCCUAUGUACUGGGAUGUAAUCCCUCCAGACUCUAUUACUAUGUUCGUUCAUUAA